AUACCCCAAGUUGUCCAUCACAUUAUCACCCUAUAUACCCAAAUUAUUUAAAGUCAAACCCAUUAUUCAAACACUUUGUGAUACGACGACAUGACUGAUUAUUUGAAAACAAAGGAGUUAUACUUUCAAUUGUUCUUGCAAUGUGUUUUGAUUGGCUUCCUAUGUAAUACUACCGUUGGUGGACAAUCAAAGGAAUUUGGAGCUAUUUACCAGUUUGGAGACUCGGUCUCCGACACCGGCAACAUAAUUCGAAUUGCUGGACCAAACACAGCUUCUGCAAAUCUACCUUAUGGCCAGACCUUUGGCCGCCCCACCGGCCGAAGCUCUGAUGGCCUGCUCAUGAUUGACUAUUUUGCUAUGCACUUUCACCUGCCACUCUUAAACCCAUUCCUUGCCAACGGAAGCGACUUCGGCCAUGGAGCCAAUUUCGCAGUGGCUGGCGGCACCGCACAAGAUUUUGCCACUUUGGCUGCACAAAAUAUUACAUAUCGGUUAGCCAAUAACGCCUCUUUGGCUUCUCAACUUGGCUGGUUCAAUUAUCACGUCACCUCCAUUUGCUACAGUCCAGCAGAGUGCAAAGAAAAACUUCGAAAAGCACUUGUAAUAGUGGGAAUAAUAGGAGGCAAUGACUAUAAUCUAGCUCUCACUCAGGGGAAAACCUUGGAAGAAGUCUAUCAGCUUGUUCCCAACGUUGUAAACACCAUUCUUCAUGCUGUUGAAGAAGUUAUUCAGCUUGGGGCUGUUAAUGUUGUGGUACCAGGUUCCCAUCCGAGAGGUUGCAUGCCUUCUUACCUUGUUCGAUUUGAAACUAAUGAUUCCUCAAAGUAUGAUGACCUUCGUUGCUUGAAAGAAUUUAAUGCUUUCUCAAGGUUCCACAAUCACAAGUUAAAACGCGGCAUCAAAAAGUUAAAACUCGAAUAUCCUGGUGUUGCCAUUGCUUAUGGAGACUACUACUCCGCCAUGACAUGGGUGCUUCGCCAUGCUGCUUCAUUAGGGUUCGACGAAGAUGAGCUAUAUACAACAUGUUGUGGAACAGGCAAUAAUAAUUACAACUAUGAUCCAAGCCGACCUUGUGGGAGUCUUGGUGUUUCAGUUUGUUCAGAUCCUAAUAAGCGAGUGAACUGGGAUGGAAGACAUCUGACUCAGCAAGCAUACAAGUAUAUGGCAAGUUGGCUAUUGACACAAUUCUUACCUGCACUCCAAGAAGUCGAUGCUUAGUAUUUCGUAAUGGACUCAUGCAUGGGUUAAUUUUACAAGUUUCUAACUGUUCUUUUUUUUUUUUUUUUUUUAAUGGAAGUCAUUGUACCAUAAAUAAAUUCCUCUUGUUUUAGUAACUUCAUGCUUAUUUCAAGCCAUGGCACAAGAUUGCGGCAUUUCAAUGUCUUAUUGAAGGGCCAAGUGUGAAAUUUGGCAGCCUUAAUUCAUAAUCUGGGUGUUUAAAUUGCUCAAUGAGAUUAAGUGAUCUCCUUUUGUGAAUGGAUCCUCAUUUGAAAAAAUAUUGGUAAAGGAUGUGAUCUUCUUACC